AUGUCAUCCGAACAGCUGAAUGUCAUCGCCCUGGUCUCGGGCGGCAAGGACAGCUUCUUCUCCGGCCUGCACUGUCAGAGGAACGGGCACCGACUUGUGGCCCUCGCUAACCUCUUCCCCGCCGCGCCCGUCAGCGCCGGCUCCGACGCCACCGCGCGCUCGGCCCAGGGGACCUCCACCCUCAUCUUCAAGCCUCGGAGCGAGGAUGACUUGAACGACGCCGUCGCGCAGCAGGAACCGGAGGGACGUGGAGACGAGGAGGCUGGGAUGGGGGCUGGCGAGGACGCCGACCUGAAUAGUUUCAUGUAUCAGACCGUCGGCCAUCAAGUCAUCCCCCUGUACGCGGACGCCACGGGACUGCCGCUCUACCGCCAGCCCAUUCAUGGCGGCGCCAAGUACGAAGGCAGGGACUACGAUUCAUCUCACGCCACGGGCGGCGCUGCCACCGUCGCCGACGACGCGGAUGAGACGGAGAACAUGAUCCCCCUCCUCCGCACCAUCAUGGCACACCAUCCGGACGCCAACGCCCUCUGCGCCGGCGCGAUCCUGUCCACCUACCAGCGGACACGCGUCGAAUCCGUCGCCCUGCGGCUGGGCCUCACCCCUCUGUCGUACCUCUGGAAGUACCCAGUCCUCCCGCCGCCCGUCCCCGGGGCCGUGGAAGACGCGCAGCUGCUCCACGACAUGGCGGCCGCGGGGCUCGACGCGAGGAUUAUCAAGGUCGCCAGCGCGGGGCUUGACGAGGACUUCUUGUGGGAGAGGGUGAGUUCGCUCUCUGGCGCGGCGAAAGUGAAGCGCGCGCUGCGCAGAUUUGGUGCCGCCGAGGGCUCCGUGCUGGGCGAGGGCGGCGAGUUUGAGACCAUUGUGCUCGAUGGGCCGCCGGGGCUUUUCCGCAAGGCGAUCGAGGUGUCGGAGCCCGGGAGGAGGGUCGUGAGGGAGGGCGGCGGGACGUCGUGGUUGAACUUCUCGGGGGCGAGUGUCCGUGAGAAGAGCACCCCUGGAGAAAGCUGCUCCGAGGUUCGGGUGCCUGAUGUUCUGGACGCCAGGUUUCAGGCUUUGUUGGAGUCUCUACCUUCUGCUUCACCAGCGCAGGAGGCGCCGUCUGAGAGCGGUUUCGUCGGUGGUGAUGGUCGAGUGUCAGCGCCUGUGACGUCUUCGAGCGAUAUCCAUUGGACUGUUGAGGCACAAGUCCCGUUGGACAAGAAACUCUCCGUAGAGGAAGAGACGGAGGACGUCGUCGGGCAGAUCCAGGGGCUUCUUGCAAAUCACACUCCGUCGCUGCCUACCGCCGCCAUCACCCACACCGUCAUUGUCCUGAAGAGGAUGUCAGAUUUCCCCGCGAUUAACAAGAUCUACGGCAGACUCUUCCAGCAUCCGAACCCCCCGUCCCGCGUCACCAUCUCUUGCGGCGAUCUCCCCCAAGGCAAGUCCAUCCAUAUCCAUCUCACAGUCAAGCCGGGACUGGAGCAACGCGAGCGCAAUGGACUUCACGUCCAGGGUCGGUCCUACUGGGCACCUGCGAACAUCGGGCCUUACAGCCAAGCCAUUGAUGUGCCCCUGGCGGCCGACGGGGCCAGAGGCGUGACGAUCGCAGGACAGAUCCCGCUCGUGCCGGCGAGCAUGAUUCUACCUACUCAAACCACGGGAAACCUGGAAAUGCAGAUCAUCCUGUCUCUGCAGCAUCUCUGGCGCAUAGCCAUCGAGAUGAAGGUGCAACUCUGGGCCAGCGCGGUGGCAUACUUCCCCAACACGCCCCAGCAGUCUGAGAUGCGGCGCCAAGCCCGGCUUGCCGCUGCGGCGUGGGAAGGAGCGCACGCGGCCGGCGGCGAUGAGGAUGAGGAUAGCGAAGGCGGCCCGGAUCCCUGGGAUCGCAAGUACAACCCCCAAUACAUGUCCCUCGGCGGCGGCGAGGACGCCAGCGCGGAACAGAAGUUGCCGGACUGGUCUGCCGUGAAGGGAGCCACCGACGACGACGAAGAACCGAAGCCAGUGCCGCCGUUCUUCGCCGUCGAGGUGGAGGAGCUGCCGCGCGCGGCCGGUGUCGAGUGGCAUGCGCACCUGGGCCUGUCGCGGCUCGCCUCGUCGUCUGUGGAAUUCCAGACUCUCAACCUCGCGGCGUCGACCGAGGUCCCCUUUUACCACCGGAUCUGUCACGUCGUGGUCGGCGGCACGAUCGUGCAUACCACGAUCUCCUGGCUCGCCAUCGAAGACCAGACGUCGCGGUCGCCGACGUCGUCUUCUGAAGCGCAUGAGUGGAUGAAGCGUGCGUACCUCGAGAGCACGGGGUCGUCUGGUUUCCCGUACUUGAUGUAUGUGAAUCGGGGGAGCGUGAAGUUCCCCGGCGUUGCGGGGGGUUGUGGCGACGUCGAGGAUAAGACGACGGCGUUUGUGUACGCGAGGUCCAUUUGGGGCGGCGAUGGCGAAGAGGUUAUCGCCGUUGGGCUCUUCAAGUAG